GAAAAAUUUACUUGAAAUGGCUGAAGCAAAAUCGGUUCGCUUUUCUCCUAUAAUAGAGGAAAGCCCGGACGAUAUAUCUACUGCAAGCUCUAACACGGAUUUUUUCCCCCACAGAAAGAAUAUGGAAGAUAUUUACAUUGCUAGCCUGACGAAGAGCGCCAAAAAAUAUCACCUGCCAAAUGAAAACGAACAAAGGCUGAUACAAAGGCGCAAAAAGGGUCUUCUGGCACUUGGUUUCGUUCUUCUUCUUGGGAUUACCGCAGUUGGAAUAUAUUUCGUUACAAGAGAACUGUCAAACCAAGAGCCAUACCUCUACAGUGGAGCAGCAGUGGAAAGAGGCAAACAUGAAUUUGCAUCAAGGAACAUGACUUUGCAUUACUUAUCUUACUCAACCAUAAUUAUGGACUCCCCUGUCACCAAAAAGCCUUCGCUUGAAUACAGCAGGACACAGGCUUCAAUGCCCUCAGUUAAGGCAUCACACAUUUUACCAUCAAAGCCAAGAAGUCCCAUUACUAGAAUGUUUACACCAACGACCACCUCCGAUUCAACAAGCUUGAGGAAGAUCACUGACACAAAGUGGUGGAAUACAUCAUCUUUCUUGACACCAAGCUUUGCAUUUGUAGUAAGAAGAUCUUCCUACUUCGUCAUGAAACAGGAUUCCCUUGGAUUGAUCAGCUAUGCAAAGACCAUAAAUUCACCUUUCGUCACACAAGGAAGCUCAUGGGAAGAUUACCACACGAAAGCAAGUAUUCCAUUUGUAGGGGUAAACUCGAUAACAGUCUUUCCCACAUCAACUGCGUCAUCUGUAGGUGACACCCGGUCUUCAAUACCUGACAUCAGCGGCAACUCCUCUUUUGGCCAUAAGGCCGGCACUUUGGCUAUAUCAGUUGGGCCAUAUUCACCCCCGAGAAAUGCAACUUCGGUUAAAGGAUCGCAGCAAUCCUUCUAUUCCAGAUAUGCCUCUCCUUGGUAUGCGUCUCAAAUUGCAAAAUCAACAGAUAUUGCACCCUCGAAAUCCGAUUCUAAUUCCAAAUCAGCGUCCAAUAAUUUUCAACUAGCAACUAAGAAAGGCGAGUUUUCAAAAUAUUUUUAUGCAAGGCUCUCUUUUCAUCCAUCUGGUUCUGCUAGUAAAUCGAGAAACUCCACAGAAGUUGCUACAAGCAGAACGCUUUUGGAAACCACUUUAGAGUUGCCCAAAGGGGUGACCAAAGUAUUAACGAAUCUGACCAGCACUCGUAUCAUGAACUCUCCUAGUGAGGACCGAUCAUUGGACCUUUUAAAUCAAAUACAGACGUCUCAUUCAAGAAGCUCUACAGCUUUGAAAAAUAUUACAAGAGAAAUGUUUAUAUUUUCAAGCUCCAAUCCUUCGUCAUCACACGAUCACAAAAUGCACUCUCAUCACCGCAAAAGUUCGUCACUGAUGCAAACGUCUCUUUCCUCAAAAGUAUCUCAAGAUACUGAUGCACUCCCAUCGUAUUUGAGAGAGGAUCAGUUGACGCCGUAUACUUCAAUACGUUCCGUGGCUAGGGGUGCUAUUACACAGAAGCAAUCUUCACAAAAGAGUUUUAAAGAAAGUAUUCAGAAGACAAUGUUUCCAUCUGCGAGUUUCAGUGAUGUUGAAACUAUUUCAACAUCACUUCGGGAAAUUAAAACAAAUUCAAGGCCUUCGCCAUUAAUUUCUUCUCAAGAGAGUGACGUAGUUUCUUUGCAAGCUACUUCAGACAACGGGUUUCAUUCAAUUUCUGGAACUAUCUCGCCAUUAGAAACAAGCCAUAAUAUACACGCGGGCCAUAAUUCUGAAACAUUAACUGUUCGACAGAUAACGUCUCUUAAAAGCACAGGCCCCCUUGCCAGUGUUUUGCAAACAAGCCCAUCAUACGAAAACAAAACCCUGUUUGACACUACCUUGUUGCUGAUGACGAGAAUCUCUAGCAAUGAGUUGUCAGUAUUGCAUCCACUGUCCAGUCAUUUUCUUUCCCCAGCAGUUAAACCAGUUUCACCCUACGCCUCAUCUUCGAUGCAUGUGCACCAAGGCAUUUCUUCCACAGUUGUCUCCAAGACAACUACUUCAUUCAACUUUUCAUCGCGGUACAUAUAUAGAAAUAGCUUCAACUUCUCGUCAACUCGUGGACAUAUUUCAGCUUACACAGACGUGAACUCGAGACACACCGGGAACGUUGGGUUUUCAACCAUCCCUGUCCGCUCCACACCGCUGACUUCGGAGGCAAGCCCCUCAGAGUGCGUUUCAACGCCUAACCUUUUUAAAGGCGCGUCCAUGCAGACCUCGACCAAAGGUACUAGCGACAAACCAACUGGAUUGAAGGGCACAAGUAUCUCUACCUUGUCAGUUUCAGCUUCCAAUCCAUCCGCUACAUUGCCGAAAGACGUUGGGUAUUUUUCGCGAUCGCUACCGAUUGAUAAAAUGGAUGAAAUGUUGACAAGUUCAAAAGCAUGGGAAAGUAAGAUUGUACUCUUAAAUAUAACAGCAGCUCACUCUCUUAUCAUCACACCCUCCUCAUCUGUAAUGUCCCUUUCGUCCACUCGUGGGAAAACCUCAAGUAAAGCAACUUGGCAAGGAAUGAAUGCCUGGGAUUUCAGAGUUGGUGCCUCCGCAUUUAAAAACGGAAGCUGGAAGUCCAGUACUGACUCAUUACGAACCACAGGACUGACCAUUUAUAACUUUCCAUCCCUAAAAACGACUGCAAGCUCACCUAACAAAGAUUCAAGUAACACGGCAACAAUUUGGAAAUUUACUAAUUCUAUCAGCACCGGUCCAUCCUCAGUACAAUCCUCAGCGCUCUCCCUUAAUCCGCCGCCCGUAACAAGUAGCAUUAAAGUUACAAGCAUGUCAUCGAGCGAAAUACCCUGGAACAUAUCUGCUUUGAUACGGUCACUAAAUGCCACAGCGCAUAGGACCUCAAAAUUGCCAUCAAACUUGCACUACACUUCUACCUCGUACCUCAAAUGGAUACAUCAGACUACGGAUCCGUAUCCUUCCAGCUCGGUGAAGCCCACCAUCUUGGCAAUUUCAAAUUCUUCCAAUCAGUUUCAAAUCAUGGACGGGUCUUUGCUAAUAACUAACAGGGAAUUUCACGCAAAUCUGUCAAAUCCAAACUCGACUAUGUUCAAAGUCCUUGCUGUUAAAGUAGAGGCUAUAGUCGAGGACAUAAUUUCCGUUGACGUGAAGGUGACGUCUUUUGAGGAAGGAAGUAUCAUUCCUCUGUUUAACCUUAAAGUGCCACAUGGCGCACCAUACAACGAUUCGGACUACGCUGAAUUAUUGACUGCUGCCAAUGAAACAUUAUGGCGAGGUCUUAAAGUAACGAACAUCAAUAUUACCUCACGAGUUUAUAAGGAACGUGCUGAAUCACAGAAUAUUGUAACUGAAGAAAAUAGAGGGUUAUCAAAUGCCACGUUGAUUGCAAUAUUUUCAGUCCUCUCUGUGUUGCUGAUAACUGUAGGGGUGUUUGGUUUUUACGUUUGCAAAAAGAAAGGAUACUAUGAGAGAUCAACAGUUAAACCUGCCGACUCUCCAAUUCCACCCUCAGAGCUUCGAAAAACUCAACCUGUUCGUCGUGAUACCUGGGUUAUGAGCGAUGAACCAUUUUUGAAAAAGGACGUCCCUAAGGAUCACGACCAAAGAAGCGCAUCAUUUUACGAGACAUUAAGCAUGAGAGUCCUGGAGAGAAACGACGAUAACAAAGAGGGGAGUUGUGAUCCUGAUCUGUUAAGAAAAUCUACUAACUUAAAGCGUCCAUUUGAACCAGAUUGUUCCAGUGGCCAAGUAGCUAACUUUGCAAGUGGAAACGCCUUUCGAUCGACAUCACGAUGCACGUCAAGCUCGCAUCUUGAAUUUGACGACUCUGAACGUCCAGUCAGUGGCUCAUCGAGAGAAACCUAUUUGAAUGUCGCCGGACAAUCCUCGCAUUCCGAAAACGAGUGUUAUAAGUGUGACCCACUUAAAACGAUUGAAAGAGCUUAUAGUCCUUAGCAGAAUGAUCGACAACAAGAUAUCACUUUUGAACCGGUUACAUUAUUAAGCUGACAAAUUUAGUUGUGGUUAAUAAUAAUAAUAAUAAUAAUAAUAAUAAUAAUAAUAACAUAUUCAUGCAGGAUGGCCAAUUCAGUUAUAAAAAACUGCUAUCAACAUGGGUCCUGUGGGAAAAAAAGUGUUUAAAUAAUCACAGAAGCUGUCAAAAGAUACGAGUCCAAAAGCAAAACAAAAACCACGUGCGAGCCGUUAUGUAAUAAUGUCAUAGAGUAUGCGUGUCACGCAUGACAUCCCAACGUAACAGAAGCCACUGACACAAUCUAUGAACCUAUAUAUGAAAAGAGAUAGGACGACUAGAACUAGAUUCAGAGAUAAUCUUGUAUCCACGCUCAUUCUUAGACAAUGCCACGAAGUUUUAAAUAGUUUACACAAAUAACUCAUGCUUCAUUUGUUUAUAUUGACCAUUAUACUCGUACUUUAGUUGCUCUUAAUAUGUAUAACAUCUAACUUCAAACCGGGUUUUAUUAAGGCGCAAUACGUUGUAUGCAUCUAAGGUGAUGCCUAGGCUUAAACUUAGCGUUGUAGAUAGACACACAAUUGAUAUAAGCUCGACAGCUUGUUUAGGAGAUAUGCAGCAAGAUGGCUAAUCUUAACUCUAAGCACAGAUUUGUCAAACUCUCAAGUUACUCUUGCGUAAUGGCCUCAUUUCAGCUGUUUUGUUACAUCUAGUUUGAUAUGUAAGAUUUUACAGCCGUAGGCACUGAAACAUACUGUUAUUACUAACCUUGA